AUGUCUGCAGCUAUGGAAUUUUUCCGGUCUGUCGAGUUCCCCGCGCGGGUGAACACCCUCAUGAAGGAACAUCGCACCCCUGGCCUCGCAGUUGCUGUUGUACAGCAUGAUGAAGUAGCAUCUAUGGGCUUUGGACUGGCUUCCCUUGAUCAAGCAGUCUCAGUUACGGCGGAUACUCUUUUCGAUAUCGCGUCGUGCUCCAAGGCGCUGACCGCAGCAUCUAUCGGGCUGUUAGUUGAUGACAAUGAAAACUACCCUGAUGUGCAGUAUGAUGCCAUAAUGUCCAAACUUCUGCCUGAUGAUUUUGUGAUGCCGGGCACCGGGUACACAGAAAAUGUUACGGUAGAAGAUAUCUUGAGCCACAGAAGUGGUAUGGCCCGCCCCCGAGCACAGCAGCCAGACGAUGCAAGAUCGGUCACACGAAAUUUGCGCAACUUACCUGUUGCUGCGCCUUUACGAACUAAAUUUCAGUACUGUAACAUGAUGUAUACCGUGGCGACAUACCUUAUUGAAGCGAAAACUGGGCAAUCCUUUUCGAAUUUUCUGCAAGCCCGCUUUUUUGAACCACUCGAUAUGCAAUCCACCAGCCUUCAACCUCAAAGCGCUCGAGUCAAAGGAUUUGGAGACCGAAUCGCAACCGGGUACGCGUGGAAUAAAAAAAAGAAAGCAUACAGUGGGUUCCAAGCCCCCGAUUGCCCUGAAGCCCAGGGAGCUGGAUCGAUCAUCACCAGCGUCAAUGACUUUAUCCGAUUUCUCAAAGCUUUAAUAAAUCAAGAGGGUCCCAUCAGUAAAAGAUUGUAUCAAGGGCUUGUGCGAAUGAGAACUUUUGAGAAUCCCAAUUUGCAAUGGUUGAAACCUGGUUCAUCGCCGAAUAUGUACGCAGCUGGAAUAGAAGCUCACUUUUAUCGCGGAUACCUGGUUUUGGGACACGACGGAUGUGUUCCAGGUUUUGGUAGCCACUUCUUCUUUCUCCCCGACUUUAAGUUUGGCUGUUUUGUUGCUGGAAACGCGGAAUCCGGCGCCACUAUUGGUACUAUUUUAAGGAAACAGCUGAUUGAUGCGGUUAUUGGGGUCCCCAAACUGGAGCACUGGCAUCGAAAUAAAAAGAAUGCGACGCAACCGCAAUCAAAGGGGGACCUCUUCGUUAGUCAGAGACUGAAACCAAGUGUUAAAAGAGGUCUUGCGCCACAAAACAAGGCAAAAAAUGGGCAGAGACAUAGCAUGGACUCGAUUGAACCUCAGCCACAAGAGAAACCACUCAGCACAUACUUAGGCACGUACUGGCACCCUGGAUACCAUACCCUAGUCCUUCAGAUUGAGAACGACAAGCUUUUUAUUGAUGCCACGGAUCGGUCCAUGGGGUUUUCACUCACAUUCGACCAUGUCCACGGCCAAACGAAGUACACAGCACAUAUGAGUGACUUCCUUGAAGGCGGGGACGUCCCCCUCGACGCCGAGUUCAUUUUUGAGGGUGAAAAAGUGGUAAAAAUGGGCUUGAGUCUGGACCAGCAAUUGAAGGAAAUGAUUUGGUUUGAAAGGCUGGAGCAGAGCCUGCAAUGUACCUUAAUGGAAGCUAUUGGAAUCGUUGGAAUGCGGUCGGUUGAUUCCGGAAAUGUCGAAUGA